GUGUGCGCAUGUCAAAAAAGUUUGUUGUACGAGGUGGCGGACGUGUUUCGGCAACUCGAAACUCGGAAUUUUCGAAAAAGUGUGAAUAUUUUGAAAAGAAAAGUGUCUAUGAAUACGACGGCAGGUGCCAAGAUCCCGCCCAUAACCAUGAGCAAGCUGUACAUCGGCAAUUUACCGACGGAGACGAACGAGAACGCCCUCAGACAAUUAUUCCUCGAGCAAAACUUGUCUUGUACCAAUAUUUUGGUGAAACGUGGAGGUUAUGCGUUCGUGGACUGCCCGGACCAGUCGUCCGCCGACAAAGCCAUCGACAAACUCAACGGUUUUAAUUUUAAUGGAUCUUCGCUGGUUGUGGAACCGUCAGUAGCUUCAGGCAAAAAAAGGGGGUCAAUUGGUGGUUUUCCAGACGUGCCUUCAAUGCAAGUCGGUAAUGGAUGGAUUUCAACAUCAAAAAUAAUUAUAUCCAAUUUGGGUCCAAACGUCCGGUUCGAAGACAUCGAACAUCUACUUUUACAACACGGAGCUGUCGUUGCAUGUGAUAAACUUACCUCAAAAGAUCCCACCACACAAACGGUGCAAGUUACUUUCGAAAGCACGGAACAAGCUCAACAGGCCGUAAAUCAACUUAAUGGUAUAGAAAUAGAUAGUAGACCCAUCAAAGUGGAAUUGGCUGUGGAAAAACGGGGCCGUAGAGGACCUCGCGGACUGGGCGCCCCCUUCGGGGGCUUGCCUGGUCAGAGUAGACAAACGGAUUUUCCAUUACGAAUACUUGUACAAAGCGAUAUGGUUGGGGCUAUUAUAGGGAGACAAGGAUCGACGAUACGACAAAUCACUCAACAGACGAGAGCAAGAGUCGACGUACAUAGAAAAGACAAUGUAGGAUCGUUAGAAAAAGCCAUCACUAUUUACGGAAAUCCGGAAAAUUGCACAAACGCCUGCAAACGAAUUCUAGAAGUUAUGCAGCAAGAGGCCAACAACACGAAUAAAGGAGAAAUAUGUUUGAAAAUUUUGGCGCACAACAACCUCAUCGGACGUAUCAUUGGCAAGGGCGGAAACACGAUCAAAAGGAUAAUGCAAGAGACCGACACAAAGAUCACCGUUUCGAGCAUAAACGACAUAAAUUCGUUCAAUUUGGAACGAAUCAUCACCGUCAAAGGAGCCAUCGACAAUAUGAGCCGAGCGGAGGCCCAAAUCAGCGCUAAAUUACGACAAAGCUACGAAAAUGAUCUCCAAGCGAUGGCGCCCCAAACGAUGAUGUUCCCGGGACUCCACCCGAUGGCGAUGAUGGCCACCGCAGGAAUUGGUUAUGGUUCAAGAGGUCUGUACACAGGUCAAGCCCCCUAUCCCGGAAUGUAUCCCGCAGGUGCGGCCCAAGGCGGAGGCGACAGUCAAGAAACGACCUAUUUGUACAUCCCGAACAACGCAGUUGGGGCCAUCAUUGGAACAAAGGGCUCACACAUUCGAAACAUUAUUCGAUUCUCGGGGGCUUCCGUCAAAAUCGCGCCCAUUGAUGAGACAAAACCUCAAGAAACGCAGAACGAAAGAAGAGUAACGAUUGUUGGCUCACCGGAAGCGCAGUGGAAGGCACAGUAUUUGAUUUUUGAGAAAAUGAGAGAGGAGGGUUUCGUCGCUGGAUCAGAUGAUGUGAGAUUAACGGUGGAAAUAAUGGUUCCUAGCUCGCAAGUGGGCCGAAUUAUCGGUAAAGGAGGUCAGAACGUUCGCGAAUUGCAACGCGUAACCGGAAGCGUAAUUAAACUGCCAGAACAGGGUUCUUCUCCUCAAGAGGAUGAAACAACGGUGCAUAUCAUCGGGCCAUUUUUCAGUGUUCAAUCAGCGCAACGCCGCAUACGCGCUAUGGUAUUGCAAUCAGUAGUGCCUCUUCAGGGAAGACCGCGUCAACCGCGCCAACCAAAAGACCCCAGCCAAUCAGAAGCCGCAGCUGCGUUGGACCCGCCACCACCGCAGCAGCAGCAACAACAACAACAACAACAACAACCACCACAACAGUAACGCCAGCUAGCAACAUUCACUGCCCUGUGCAUGGGUUUAUUCAUACCCUAUUGUACAAUUAACAUCUCGAGGCCUUCCACUAAUGCAAUAUCAUCCUUCCAGUCUUAGUCAAGCGUGAGUGUCAUCGUUGUUGUCGCCGAACACAACUAAAAUAUUGCGUGUUUUAAUUAAAUUAACAAGAAGAAAUGUGUGAACCGUGAAAUACCUCAGCAAGUGCUUUAUUACCGCCGCCAUUUUCGUCCAUUUUGUUCAGUUUGAUGAUUUUUUCCGCUUUACUGGAGUUUGUUUCUAGUGGAAUGUUUGGAGAAGGAAUUACAUGGUAUGGUAAACUACAGUGUGCCCAACGUUACAAUCUACCUCAACUAAUCAAAAUAAAGAGUUACAAGUUAUAGCCAUAGUAAAUUUCCGUUACGAGAACAGCAACCAACAGCAGUGUUUUCUUUUCUUGUACACACACACAAAUACACACACACACAACCUACCUGAUGAUGAAAGGACUACCAAAGACAAGGCGUUGUUGUUAUAUCGUUCAUAUACUUACUUCACUGGAUUUUGACCGCUCGCCGCACCUAAACUAUCGACGAAUUCAGCUGAAAAAUUCAAAAAUUUCUUUGUCAAGAGCAGUCACCGUUAUCCGUCUGAAGAGUCCCAACACUAGCACUACAUCAAAACAAGGCGAAAAGUUCCUCUGCAGAGUACCGGUGGCAGAGGAUGCGAGAUAGUCGCACAACAGAAGGACACAAGUCACAAUUCUUGCAUCCUCUGCGCUGUUAACGUGGCUGUUGUUAAUUAUUAAGUGUGAAUGAAGAGCUUUAAUAAGAAAAUUUUGAUAAUAUGCGAAAUUGUUGUGCGUGUCUUUUAUUAUUAUAUUGUGUUUUGAAAUUUGAAGAAGAGACGUGGCGCUCGCUCGCGUGCAACGAUCUUUUAAUUAUUUAAAAAUGGAAACUGUUAAGUGUGCGUGUGAAAAAAGACAUUUUUAACUCUAUUGUAAUAUUAUUGUUAGGAGAUUGUUAAAAUAAUGUUUGAUUAAGAUGCGACACGGUCUCCCAUUAUUAUUAUUAUUUGUUUAGAGGAGUAUCGAGGCCGGGUUGCAUCUUUUUUUCUUCGUGAUUGUUGCUGAAUUAUUAUAAUAAUACCAGAUAGGACAGCUGUUGCGGCCUUGCUGCCUUGCGUCAAGGUCGGCCGCGCCCCUGAUAGUACAAACUCGGGAGGUAUAGAUUGGGCCUAAGAGCCCCCGGUUUAGUCCGGACUUGUAAAAAAUAUUUUUGAUAAAAAUUGUUUGUUGGGGAGGAUAUUUUUUGUUAGAUUUUUUAAAAAAUAAUUAUAGCGGGGUCGCUAUUUUAAAAAAUUGUGAAAAAAUGGAUAUAUUAUUAUAUGAAUAUAUAUUUAUUAAUUAUGUAUAAAUGAAAGAGAAAAUUUGAAUUAUUUGUACAGAUUUAUAAGUGUGCCAAAGUGCGAAGAUGUUACCAGAAUGAAGUUCUGUAUUUAUUUAUUAAAGUUAGACUGUUCAAGGGUUCAUAUAUUUUAGAAAAACUGGCAGUCAUCGGUUCAGCACUUUCUGAUACCCCCAUUAACAACAACAAUCGGGCUCACACAAACUUUUCGGACACAAUCAUGCAAUCGUACAAAACGAAUACAAGUACAAAGUCUAGUUCAAAAUUCAAUUACCAUCCACACUAGUCUAAAAACUAGCGAAUAACAAAUUUCGUUUUUUUAUUUUAAAAAAUUAUUCGCCAGUUUUCAGUCUACAGUCGUCGAUCAAUCGAUCCAUUUAUUUCACACAACAUCAAAAAUCUAACGCAUUUCAUACCUAGAUUAUAAUUUCUGUUGCAAAAUUAAUAUUACAAACAUAUUCGGACUAUAACAAUUCUCCCCCACCCCCCAAAAGAAAAAGAAAACGACACUUGAAACGAAAAAUUCCAUCCAUCACAAAAAUCCGCCAAAAAAAAAAUUACAGACGUGUGCGACGAAAUAAUGGAAAUUUUUCGAAAAUGUGCGCGCGCAUACCGGUCUUAAGCUUCACCACAACUAGACUAACCGAUUCCAUGUAAUGCCUACACGUUUAAAAAUCGGUAAAUCAAUUGAUUAUAUUUAAAAGCAAAGGAAAAAACACUAUGUUAUGGUAUAAAUAGUGCCUAACCAAAGUCUCGCGUCGCUAAACGAUUUUGAGCGACAUUCAGAUUGCUUGUAGCAGAAUUGUGGGCAUUGUCAGUGUGUGUUUAAUCAAAAAUAAAUGUUGAAUUUUAGUUUUUUGCAGUCUGUUGUUGCACUCAAAGUUUAAAAACGUGUCAAAGUCGGCGUUCAAGUCGUUUAGAGACGCAGAUGUAUCUAUUAAAAAAGAAAAAGUAUAUAAAAAUAGUUAUAGUUUGAAUUGUAAUGCAUUUUCAUAAUUAUUUCAUUAAGUUAAUAGUUAAAAAGUGAUUUCAAGCAAACCGUUUUUUCGAGUAAAAAAGUUGCAUCUACAAUAGCAUGAAGAUAGGGUUUACGUGAAAUCAAACCAUCCUAUAUAGUAUAUAGUUAAAAGCUACUACAUGUAUAAUUCUUCACCUGAUGAAUUUUAUAGUUUGUCGUUUGAUUAUUUUAUUACAACCACUUAUAGUUAAUAGUAUACAUGUUGAAAGAAGAUAAAAACAAUGCUGGACGGAGACUGACUGUGCAAACCAGCCGCUUUAGAUUAGGUACCUUAGACACGGAUAAUCGUACUAAAGGUUACGACAUGGAAAGCGCAGCAGUACUUUAAUCACCACCAAAAACACUAUUAUUACCGUUUAGUAUUGUACAUUAUCCGAUCUAAGAAGUAAACUACCUCAUAUAUUUCUAUAAAAUUUAAUUUGUUGUUCAAGUUUUAAUUUCUUCUGGGUUUUCGAUAUAUUAUAUAAGUUUGAAAAUUUUCUGGUGAAUGCUAUUUGUACAACAGAAUCUUAUAUAGUUCAUAGUUGACAAAAAAAAAGUACUUGUGUAAGUGUGCCAUUCUUUUGUGAAUGUUAUUAUUGUAAAACUUUGUUUUCAUCAAUCAACAUCUACAACGCAGUCAACAACAAAUGUUUUCUCUCAGGAAUUAUAGCUCAGGACUUUUGAUGUUUUCUCCACAUUAUGAUUCGAUUUUUUCGGGCUUGCCUUACCAUAGUUUCCAUCUUAGAAAUAUAUUAUAUUUAUGAUCGGUCAAUCAGAUAUUAAAAAAAAUUAUUUGUUGUUUAAUGUAGAUGAUGAUUAUUAGUCAUGUGAAGACUUCAUUUUUUCAUAUGGCAGAGAUGUAAAUAUCUUCAUAGCUCUAUGUAUCUUAUCGGUUCUAUCCAGAAUGAAGUUUCAUGAAUUGGCAUACUUGAUUCAAUCGUUUGUUUGUCCAUUUAUUUCAGUAAAUAAAUAGUGUUCCCUUA